AUGUCAGAUCAACAAGAUCAAACAAUGUCAGAAUGGGAUGACACAACAUUAAAUAAAGCAAAAGUUGUUGAAGCAACACCAAGAAGAAAUAGGUGGGAUGAAACACCAGUAAGUAAACCAAGUACAGGUGUAGAGGAAACACCAAAAAGAAGAUCAAGAUGGGAUGAAACACCAAUAAAUAUAAAUAGUGGAGGAUUGAGUGGUGGAGUUACACCAAAUUAUAAUGCAAUGAGUAAUGGUGGUGUAACACCAAUUUUUAAUAAUAUGAUGGAUGGUGGUGUUACACCAGUAUAUAAUAGUAAUAAUAACAACAACAGCAAUAGCAAUGGUGGUAGUAAUAAUAAUAAAAAUAUAUUAAUGCAAACACCAGAUCCAUAUCAAGCACAAUUACAAAAAGAGAUUGACGAAAGAAAUAGACCAUGGACAGAUGAGGAAUUGGAUAAUAUAUUACCAUCGGAAGGAUACGAAAUUUUACAACCACCAGCAAAUUAUCAACCAGUUAUAGCAAGUAAAAAACUUACAGCAAGCACACCAAUUGGUGCUGCAGGUACAAGUGGUGGAUUUUUCAUACAGGAGGAGCAAAGUAGGGGUCAAGAUUUUGGUAUCAUUGAUGCACCCGAUGGUAUCACAAUUAAACCAGAGGAUAAGGUUUACUUUGAAAAGAUUUUACAAGAGGGUGGUGAUAAUGAUGAACAUCUCUCACCAGAGGAGCAAAAGGAGAGAAGAAUUAUGAAACUAUUAUUAAGAAUUAAGAAUGGUACACCACCAAUGCGUAAACAAGCUUUAAGACAAUUGACUGAUAAAGCAAGAGAAUUUGGACCGGCACCAUUGUUCAAUCAGAUAUUACCAUUAUUCACCUCCACCUCAUUGGAGGACCAAGAGAGACAUUUAUUGGUAAAGGUGAUCGAUCGUAUUCUCUACAAAUUGGAUGACUUGGUCAGACCAUAUGUUAGAAAGAUUCUAUCAGUUAUUGAACCAUUUUUAAUUGAUCAGAAUUAUUAUGCUCGUGUUGAGGCAAGAGAAAUCAUAUCAAAUCUUUCAAAAGCCGCUGGUUUGGCAAGUAUGACAUCAACAAUGAGACCUGAUAUCGAUAGUCCAGAGGAAGAUAUUCGUAAUACAACCGCAAGGGCAUUUGCUGUGGUUGCAUCUGCAUUGGGUAUUCCAUCAUUGAUGCCAUUCCUCAAGGCGGUAUGUAAGAGUAAAAAAUCAUGGCAAGCACGUCACACUGGUAUAAAGAUUGUUCAACAAAUUGCCAUUCUAAUGGGUUGUGCCAUUUUACCACAUUUAAAGAAUCUUGUAGUCAUUGUUGAACAUGGUUUAACCGAUGAACAACCAAAGGUACGUACCAUAACAGCAUUGGCAAUCUCUGCAUUGGCAGAGGCAGCAACCCCCUAUGGUAUAGAGUCAUUUGAUAGUGUUUUGAAACCACUUUGGUAUGGUAUUCGUCAAUAUCGUGAAAAAGGUUUAGCAGCAUUUUUAAAAGCAAUUGGUUAUAUCAUCCCAUUGAUGGAAUCUUCAUAUGCAAGCUAUUACACCAAAGAGGUUAUGACUAUUUUAGUUCGUGAAUUUAAAACCAAUGAAGAUGAAAUGAAGAAAAUCGUAUUAAAAGUUGUCAAACAAUGUGUUGCCACCGAGGGUGUUGAAUCAUCCUAUGUUCGUGAAGAGAUUAUUCCAGAGUUUUUCAAACAAUUUUGGGUUAGAAGAAUGGCAUUGGAUAAGAGAAACUAUAAACUAUUGGUUGAAACAACACUUGAAAUUGCAAAUAAAGUUGGUGGUGGUGAAAUUAUUGAAAGAAUUGUUGAUGAUCUUAAAGAUGAAUCCGAAGCCUAUAGAAGAAUGGUAAUGGAGGCAAUUGAAAAGAUAGUUUCAACAUUGGGUGCAUCGGAUAUUAGUCCAACAUUGGAGGAGAGAUUAAUCGAUGGUAUUCUCUAUGCAUUCCAAGAACAAACCACCGAUGAAACUUCAAUUAUGUUACAAGGUUUUGGUACUGUUGUAUUGGCUUUGAAUACUCGUAUUCAACCUUAUCUUCAACAAAUCGCUGGUACCAUUAAAUGGAGACUCAAUAAUAAAUCUGCAAAGGUUAGACAACAAGCAGCCGAUUUAAUCUCACGUAUUGCUGUGGUUAUGAUGAAUUGUGGUGAAGAGCAACUCUUGUCACAUUUGGGUCAAAUUCUUUAUGAAUAUUUAGGUGAAGAGUAUCCAGAGGUAUUGGGUUCAAUCCUAGGUGCAUUGAAGGCCAUUGUAAAUGUAAUUGGUAUGACUAAGAUGACACCACCCAUCAAAGAUCUUUUACCACGUUUAACACCAAUUUUAAAGAAUCGUCAUGAGAAAGUUCAAGAGAAUUGUAUCGAUUUGGUGGGUCGUAUUGCCGAUCGUGGUUCUGAUUUCGUUUCAGACAGAGAGGGUAUGCGUAUUUGUUUCGAACUUUUAGAUAUGUUGAAAGCUCAUAAAAAAGGUAUUCGUCGUGCCGCUGUAAAUACAUUUGGUUACAUUGCAAAAGCUAUUGGUCCUCAAGAGGUAUUGGCAACCCUAUUAAACAAUUUGAAAGUUCAAGAUCGUCAAAACAGAGUUUGUACAACCGUUGCCAUUGCCAUUGUUGCGGAAACUUGUGCACCUUAUACCGUUUUACCAGGUCUAAUCAAUGAAUAUCGUAUUCCAGAGUUGAAUGUUCAAAAUGGUGUUUUGAAAUCUUUAUCUUUCCUCUUUGAAUAUAUUGGCGAAAUGGGUAAAGACUAUAUUUACGCCGUAACUACCCUACUCGAAGAUGCACUCAUGGAUAGAGAUGCUGUACAUCGUCAAACCGCUUGCUCUGCAAUUAAACAUAUUUCAUUGGGUGUAAUGGGUUUAGGUUGUGAAGAUUCACUCACUCAUUUACUCAAUUACGUUUGGCCAAAUGUUUUCGAAACUUCUCCACAUGUUAUCAACGCUUUCUUAGAGGCCGUUGAAGGUUUACGUUUUGCUUUAGGUCCAAAUACUAUUCUUCAAUAUACCCUUCAAGGUUUAUUCCAUCCAUCUCGUAAAGUUAGAAAUAUUUAUUGGAAACUUUAUAAUAUGCUUUAUAUUAGUUCUCAAGAUGCUUUAACACCAUGUUAUCCAAGAACUUUAGAUGAAAAUGAUAAUAAAUAUCAAAGAUAUGAACUUGAUUUUGUAAUUUAA